AUGGCCCGGCAACUCUCCGUCAUCGUCAUGAUGGCCAUUGCGCUAUUCUUGUGUAUAUCCUUCUUCACAUCCUUUGGUCGCGCGCCGGCCGAGACGGCCGUGUUCAGCCAGCCAGCUGAUCGCUUCAAUGACAACCUACCGCCGAGCGACGUAAAACCGCCGGUGAAGCCCGUCGAGGCUGUCGAGCCCGCGAGCCGACCUGCGGAACCCGUCAAGCCUGUCAAACCAGUGUUGGAAGGAUCGACGGAAUCCAAGCUUGCUGGACUCGAAAUCACCAGCGACUUGCUCACAGGUGCUGCGAUUGCGCCCAAGCUUGAAAAUGCCACACUCAAGGCCGAACUCGGUCGCGCGGCAUGGAAGGUUCUGCACACCAUGAUGGCCAAAUUCCCCGAUGAGCCCAGCGAGGACGAUCAACUGGCGCUCAAGUCGUACAUCCAGCUUUUUGCCCGCCUCUAUCCAUGUGGCGACUGCGCGAGACACUUCCAGGGCCUGCUCAAGCAGUACCCGCCGCAGGUGAGCUCGCGCAAUGCGGCAGCCGGCUGGGCCUGUUUUGUGCACAACCAGGUCAAUGAGCGUCUCGAGCACGAGAUCUUUGACUGCAACAAGAUUGGCGACUUUUAUGAUUGCGGAUGCGGUGACGAUAAAGAAAAGAAGGGCGACGAGGAGAAAACAACAGCGACGGGUGAGCUAAAGAAGGAAGGGUAA